GCAUGUCUUGAAGACAUAGUGAGAGCAGGUAUGCAUGGGUACCCGGAAAGACUGCAACCCAAGAUGAUGCUGCGUAAGGCAGAGUGCCUGGUGAACCUGGGGAGACUACAGGAGGCGAGACAAACCGUCAUUCAUCUUGAAAGCAGCCUCAAUGCCAAGCCAACGCUGGUAUCUUCCUCUCAUCAGAUUCUGCAGAGGAACCUCCACCACCUGAAAGUGAAGAUACGGGAGAAGGAGAAUCUCCCAGAAACCUUCCCAAAGGCUCUCACCAGAGCCUUUGAGGAUAUGGCCCUGGGGGAAGAGAACAAACAGAUUUCUGGGGCAUCACUCUCUGUCAGCUUACACACAGACCCUUUGAAAGGCCGCCAUCUAGUUGCUGCAAAAGACAUUCUCCCAGGAGAACUCCUGGUGAAGGAAGAUGCUUUUGUAAGUGUCCUUAACCCAGGAGAAACGCCCCCACUGCAUUAUGGCCUAGAGAACAAGUGGGAUACCAGAGUCACCAAUGGAGACCUCUACUGUCACCGAUGUCUGAAGCACACUUUGGCCACAGUACCCUGUGGUGGCUGCAGCUAUGCCAGAUAUUGCAGCCAAGAAUGCAUGCAGAAGGCGUGGGAGUGCUACCAUAGCACAGAGUGUCCUCUAGGGGGGCUGCUUCUCACACUUGGGGUCUUCUGCCAUGUUGCCCUGAGGAUAACUCUUCUAGCCAGAUUUGAAGAUGUUGACAGAGUUGUAAGGAUGCUUUGUGAGGAGACUGGUAACAAAGACAUCUGUCUACCUGAAAAGAAGAAUCCGGUCAAGACACUUCAUUGUACAAAUCGGGGGGAGAGUGAAAACAGCAUAAUAGGUGAAACCCCAAUUCCUGGAUGUAAUGUCCAUGGAAAGUACGAAAGUAAUUAUAAUGCAGUCUUCAGCCUUUUGCCUCAUACUGAAAAGCAUAGCCCAGAACACAAAUUCAUCUGUGCCAUCAGUGUCUCUGCACUGUGCAAGCAGCUCAGAGCAGCCAGCUUGCAGGCCCGAACCAUGCACUUAAAGUCCUCCAAGCUGGAAGCAGUGACUCCAGGAUUGUGUGCAGAUUUGACUAUCUGGGGAGUAGCCAUUCUGCGACACAUGCUACAGCUGCAGUGCAAUGCUCAGGCGAUAACCUCCAUAAGGCACACAG